AUGAACGUUGUACCUCCAAGUAACUUCCAAUCCACAGUCGCCACCGACAAGAACACUGAGGUGACCUCCAUUGCCACCCAUGGUGCCCUCCCUGACACCUUACGCCAGCAACAAGGUGGUGCAGUCCCAUUAGCCUCCCAAUUGAACGAUAGACAUCCAUUGCAGAAUAGAGUCACCAACUGGGACCAGAACGAACACAAGAGACAACUGGAACAAUAUCGUCAAAUAUUCGGUAUUGCCGCCCCCAUGAAGAGAGAAAUGGAAUUACAAAUUGUAGAUAAGACAGAUUUCAACCCCUUGAGUCAAGGAGCCACUGCAUCCUCGAUACAUCACGAUAUACUACUCAAUAAGGAUGCAUCCAUCGAUUGGGAAGACAUAUAUCCGGAAACCGCCCUCAAUCAAUCGACCAUGAUGGUUGGGAUGGACGUCCAUUCCAAGAUCGAAAAACAAUUAGGCAUCUAG